AUGAGCGGGCAAAUUCUUCUCCUAGCUUGCCUCUUCGCGAUCUGCCUCCCCAUCCUCAGUGUACAACUCCCCCGCACCAAACUCUUCUCCCACGCUCGCUCAAAGCUAAACGCAGAGACACGACCCGAGAUACUUUUCAAACAACCACCACCCUCCAUACGACGCCACGCACUACGACAGCGAGAACAACAGCAACAGCAAAAGGAGACGUCGAGCUUCGGAGCCGACGGCACGACGGGUGCGGAUAGUGGAACCGCAGAGCAGGCGCAGGCGCAGGCGCAACAGCAAAGUGUGCUGAAUGCUUCGAGGAAGCCUUGGGAUCCGCCGUUCCCGAAGCGUGGGCCAGGGACGGGAUUGAAGGGCGAGUGGCUUGUCUUGCCGCCUAGUCUACCUCAGAAGAGUGGAAGGGAAAUGGAGCAAGAAGGUCUGGCGCAAACGUUACAUCCACCAAGUCCGGAUGGGCUGGGCGAGCCGGAGCCGCAAGGGCAUAAUACUAUGCCUGGCAGUCAUUCGCAGCGGCAUGCACAGAAGAAGCAUACAUUGUCGGGCAUGUCGAUAUUAUGGCUGAUGACCACGGCUUUGGCGGUUCUACUAUUCCUUUUCGCAUUUGCAAUACUGAUAGCACACUGCUUGGCGUGGUUCCUGGUAUACAAGACAGAAGCGAGGCUAGGAGAUGCACGAAGGGGGCUGCUCAAGGGAGGAGAUAUGAGGCUGUGUUUGUGCGCACCAUGA